AGCGCGACACAGUCCAUGCACCACGGCGGCAGCCCAGAGCCAGACAGUCAGUCAGCUGGCGGCAGGCACAGCACACCUUGGCGGCCACGUGGAGGUGCCGCCCACCCUUCCCACAACAUAAACACGCCCGCACGAGUCAUGGAGGUGACAGAGAAGCUGAGUUUGCUCGGCCUGUCAGAGCAGAAGGUGAAGGAGACACUGAAGAACGAAUCCCUGACCGCGGUGCUUAGCAGUAUUGCAGACCAGGCUGGCAUUAGCACACCUGUCAACAAAAGUGUGGGUAACUUGCUGUACCACCUGGCCACCAAGCUGCCCAAACAGUUCCACUCCCACCUGCCCCUCUUGGUGGAGUAUGUGUCCGAUGGCCGCCUUGAUCAAGAGGCAAAGCUCACUGCUGCCAUUAAGUUUGUGCAGGAUCACAAUAAAGAGUUUAACCGUGCAGAGUUUGAGAAGAAGUGUGGUGUAGGUGUGGUGGUGACACAGGAUGAGAUAGAAUCAGCCGUGGCUCAGGUGAUAAAGAAAAACAAGGAUGCCAUAGUGAAACAGAGGUACCAGUUCAACACAGGGCCUCUAAUGGGUCAAGUGAGGGCAUCUCUCCCCUGGGCAGAGAGUCGUAAGGUGAAGGAGGAGAUUGAUCUGCAGAUACUGACACUACUGGGGCCAAAGAGAGAAGAGGACUUGGUCAAACCACCCAAGAGUAAGGGAGAGAAGAAGGAGAAGAAGGCUGAUGCUGUCCCAUCCAAUGCCCCAGCUGAACAGACAGAGAAGCGACCACUCAGUAUGGCAGAGUUUCUUAAAACUGUGAACUUCCACGUCCCUGGGGAGAACUACAAAACAGACGGUUAUGUCAUCACAGACAAGACGAAUGACCUUCUUAAGGAACACCUCAAGACCACAGGAGGGCAGGUCAGGACACGAUUUCCUCCAGAACCCAAUGGAAUCUUACACAUUGGUCAUGCCAAAGCUAUCAACAUCAACUUUGGAUACGCUACAGCCAACAAUGGUGUAUGCUUCCUGCGAUAUGAUGACACCAAUCCAGAGAAGGAGGAAGAGAAAUUCUUUGUGGGGAUCAGGGACAUGGUAGAGUGGCUGGGUUACAAGCCGUACAAGAUCACCCAUUCGUCAGACUACUUUCCACAGCUGUACGAGUGGGCAGUGUUAUUAGUCAAGAAAGGUCUGGCAUACGUGUGUCAUCAGAAGCCUGAGGAGCUGCGUGGCCAUGACCCUCCACCCUCACCCUGGAGGGACAGACCCAUCCACGAGUCUCUGCAGCUAUUUGAGGACAUGAAAAAUGGUAAGUUUGAUGAAGGUGAAGCAACACUGCGCCUAAAGACUAUACUAGAGGAGGGCAAAGUUGAUCCAGUGGCUUACCGCAUCAAGUACGUGGCCCACCACUGCACAGGUGACCAGUGGUGCAUCUACCCCACCUACGACUACACUCACUGCCUUUGUGACUCCUUAGAGCACAUCACACACUCCCUCUGCACCAAAGAGUUCCAAGCAAGACGGUCUUCCUACUACUGGCUGUGCAAUGCUGUUGAGACUUACUGCCCCGUCCAGUGGGAGUAUGGGCGGCUCAACAUGAACUACACAGUGGUGUCCAAACGCAAGAUUGGCAAGCUUAUCACUGAGGGAUUUGUCAGAGACUGGGAUGACCCUCGACUCUUCACUCUGUCCGCUUUGAGGCGACGUGGCUUCCCAGCAGAAGCCAUUAAUAACUUUUGUGCCACACUGGGCCUUACUGGUGCUCAAAUCAGCAUCCACCCAGAGGCUCUGGAGGCUUGUGUUCGAGAUGUCCUCAAUCUCACUGCUUCAAGAGCAAUGGCUGUGUUAGAACCUUUAAGAGCAGUCAUCACAAAUUAUCCUGGUGACCGUCCCACCACAGUAACGGUUCCCAACAUCCCUGGAAACGAGGAGAAAGGCACACACACCGUUUCGUUCUUUAAGGAAAUUUGGAUUGAACGUUCAGACUUCCGAGAGAAAGAAGAGAAGGGCUAUAGGAGACUGAUGCCACAGCAGAGUGUGGGACUGAGGCACUGUGGCCAAGUGAUCAGUGUUGCUGAAGUGGUGAGGACCAGUUCAGGGGAAGUGGAUUAUCUCAAGGUGACAUGUGAGCCUGUGUCUGAUGCCAACAAACCCAAGGCAUUUAUCCACUGGGUCGCUCAGCCUCUUAAGUGUGAAGUGCGGCUCUAUGAAAAGCUGUUUAGACACGAGUGCCCUGAGGAUACAUCAGUGGUUCCUGGUGGCUUCCUCACAGACAUCAACACAAACUCUCUGACAGUGCUAGAGAGCCUUGUUGACUCCUCUGUCAAGGGUGCCAAGGUUUUUGACAAGUUCCAGUUUGAACGGACUGGCUUUUUCUCUGUGGACCCGGACUCCAGCCCAGACUGUUUGGUGUUUAACCGCACUGUUGGACUCAAAGAGGACAAGGGAAAAAAUUAAGGAAGUUCCCACUAGGCUGUGCUUGAUGGUUUUGGUACUGAGUUAGUGUAAUAAACACCAACUCUCAUAGUAAGGAUCUUGUUAUUGAUUCCUGUGAUGUGAUCUCCUGGUAUCUUUUGCACUCAUCCUUCUCCCUUUUUUCCACAGUGGUCUGAAGCAAAGAUAAUUUCCUCCUCAUAUGUUCCACCCACAGUGCAUUCAAGAAAGUUAUCUACACACCUGUCUGGUCUCACCCUUAAUCUUAAAGGUGGAUAGGCAAGACAAGAGAGGGUUCUUCACUUCCCUCACUUCUUUUAGUUGCCUUUUAAGAACUAGAAGUGGCAGUGGCAGUAUGCUUUCUAUAGUAUGGGCAACCAGGUCACUUUCCCCAUACCACAGCUACCCAACUAAAAAAAACUCAUAAUAAUAAAGCAAAAUACAUGAGAAAACUUAAUCACAGAUAAAUUCAGAAGAAAUCAUACAGACCUCCCUCUUUAACUGACCAGUCAGUCACAAUGUUCCUAUGCAGAUAAUGUAAAUUGAAAGAAACCUGAAACUUUAUUUCAAAUUUAUUUAUAGUAUUCAGUUUGUAGUUUUUAUUUUACCAUUCAAGAUAAAAGUUACUUUAUAUAUACAUGAACCUUAUAAUUACUAAAAUUUCAUCAUAUAUACAUGAACCUUAUAAUUACUAAAAUUUCAUCAAUAUAAAUAUAAAUUUAAAUCUAUAAUCUACAUUAUUUACCAGUCUGACAUAACUUGCAAAGGACACAUGCACAAAUAAAGCUUCAAUCUAGCCUCAAAUUAAUGUCACAUUGAAUACUCUAAUCAAUAAAAAAGGAAUAGUCUUGUGCAGUUUUUCAAAUGGAAUGUAACGACCACUUUAUUGAUCAUCAAUGAAUUUAAUUCAUGUUUGAAACUGAGGAAUUCUUAAAACCCAUGAUUUGUCUUUCAUAACCAGUAACACCAAUUUAUUUUAUAUAUAUUUUAUAGUCACUUUUUCCAAAACAAUAUAAAUUCAAUUCAACAGAGAUCCAAGAAUGGGGUUAAAAAAUAAAGGCCCCCAAGUUUGUGCAAUAGUAGUUUCUCUUGCCUGACCUUGAUGUGAUCCUUACUCAUUGAGCAGUGAUGAGACCAAUGCAAGUCUUGGCUGUGAAUUCUCUUCCUCUGCCUCUGUUAAUGAAUGUUCCUCUACCUGAAAGGACAUGAGUUGAAAACAAAACUUACCUAAUUCAAUACCAUCACACAAUUAAAUAUAUAAUUUCUUACUGUGCAAAGUACGAGAUGUAAAUAUGAUAGUCGUAAAAAAAACCUACAUGUAAGUGGUACAGAACUAAACUGGCUACUCUAGCAACUCUUUUAUGCUAAAAUAGAUCUUUUGUUUGAAGUUUUUGUAGCGUGUCAUCAUUUCUUUCCUCACAAAAAUAAAAUAAAUAAAAAGUAA